ACAUGUUUCUGCUAUUAUUUUGUACCUGAAGGGCAAACAUACAGCAAUAACGAAACUUUCUUUUCUUCUAAUUGUCUAGUGUGUCCUCACACCGUUAUUUCCAGCUACUUUUAUUGCAUCAUACGAUAAUCUUAUGGUGCCUUCCAUUAUCUGCGUUGUGGAUGUAUUUCGAAAAAAGGAGAAUGAUGCAGCAGUUAAAAUCCAGAGCUGGUUUCGAGGAUGUCAAGUUCGAGCAUAUAUCAGGUACUUACACAGAGUAGCAACAAUUAUUCAGAAACAAUGGAGAGGUUACUUAGGCAGACAACAUUAUCAACUAAUUGUGAAGUUAGCAUAUUACACUAUGAAGAUGAAUCUCUACAAUGCAAUGGCUGUCAGGAUUCAGAGGCGAUGGCGAGGCUAUAAGAUUCGGAAAUACUGCUUUAAUUAUUUUUAUUUGAAGGAGUACCUGAAAGCUGUUUCAGAGACCAAUGAUGCAGUUAGGAAGGCUCUGGAGGAGUUUGCAGAGAUGAAAGAAAGGGAAGAGAAGAAGGCCGACCUGGAAAGGGAGGAGAAGAAAAGAGAUUACCAAGCCCGAAAGAUGCAUUACCUCCUCAGCACAAAGCAGGUUCCAGGUAUAUACAACUCACCUUUCAGAAAAGAUCCUGAUCCAUGGGAGUUGCGGUUACAGCAGGCAAAGCCUUUAACACACCGAAGACCUAAAGUGAAGCCGAAGCACUCCGUCAGCCUUAGCAGCUGGCUGGCUUGCACAAGUGCCCGGUCCUUUUCUCGGUCCGGAACUCUGCCACCCAUUGAUAGGAAACGAUGUCAGGGACCCUUCCGCGAUGUCGCUGAAGUGUGGGAACAGCGCUACAAGCCUCUGGAACCGACUCUGCGAGUGGCCGAACCGAUGGAUGGGCUAAAUGAGGCCAGAGCACAGCUCCAGAGACAGGAAUGGACGCGAAAUGUGAAUGACAAUAUGUUUUUGCCAUUUUCUUCCUACCAUAAAAAUAAAAAGUACAUCCCGACAAUGCAUUUAUCAAGCAAGUAUGGUCCUGAUGCUUAUGGAAGUCAACAUUUCCGAGAUGAAAAUCCUAAGAAAUGGAUCUGUGACAAGGAUUUCCAAACUGUAUUGCCAUCAUUUGAUCUCUUCUCAAAGUACGGAAAAUUGUAUUCAAAAGCUGGACAAAUUGUAUAAAGAAAAUGAGACAAAAUGUAAAAAUGAGGUAAUGGUGUGAAGUGUGUUGAAUAGAAGACCCCACUGCCUGGAAUCCUGGAUUCUACUUUGAUGGCUGCUGAACAACCUUGCCACAAGUCUCUCAACAUUUGAAGUAUUUCCUAUUCUCUCUCUCUCUCUCUCUCUCAUUCUGUCUCCCUCCUCCCUUUUCUCUGUAUCUCUCUCUCCUCCCCCUCCCGCCUUCUGUCCAAAGAAGAAACUGGAACCAUCCCUGAUUCAUUAAAAACGCUACAGUUCUAAAAGGAAAA